AUGGAGACCUUCAAGGCCCUAUUCGUGAAGCCGGAUCCCCAGGCGCAGAUGCGCAAGUGCAACGCCCUCGUCCGAUCCAACAUCCGUAAGCUCGACCGCGACAUAGUCGCCGUCAAGCAAGUCGAGGCCAAGACCAAGAACCUCAUCCUACAAGCCGACCGCCGCUCCCAACGAGACCCCGCCCGCGCCAAGCAGGCCCAGCAGGAGAUCCGCCUCUUCGCCCGCGAGCUGGUCCGCACCCGCCGCACCUCGGCCCGCCUCAUCACCUCCAAGGCGCAGCUUAACUCGGUUCAGAUGCAGGUCAAUGAGGCCUUCGCCGUCCGCAAGAUCGAGGGUUCCAUCCGCGCCAGCGUCGGCAUCAUGAAGGACGUAAAUACCCUCAUCCGCCUCCCUGAGCUGGCCGGCACCAUGCAGGAACUGAGCAUGGAGCUGAUGAAAGCGGGCAUUAUCGAGGAGAUGGUUGAGGACACGCUGCCCUCUGACCCGGAUAUGCUCAUGGAGGACGAUGAGGCCGAGGGCGAGGUCGACAAGGUGUUGGGUGAGAUUCUCAAGGAUCGCAAGGAGCCCAAGCUACCCACGGUGCCGCUCACAGAGCCCCAGAAGAAGGUCGAGGAAGAGGAGGAGGAGGAGGAAGACGCCGAGGCCAUGAUGGACCAGAUGCGGAACCGACUAGAGGCGCUGCGAAGCUAG